ACACGCUGUGCCCAUCCACGCCCAUGUCGAUGUGCCCCGUUUCGCUGCACGUAUCUAGCACGCCGUAUUAGAUACCCCAAAGGAACUGUUCUCAUGAUAUGUCGUGCGCUGCAUGAAGAGCUGGUUAAGUGCUUUACGCGGCAAAAUAGCAGGCACUACCCACCGUAAGAACGAUCUAAUAAUGCCUUGUUUAGUAUAUUUAAGAUGAUCUUAAGCCACUUUUUGUCUAUGAAGCUUGCGUAGCUUAGCUCGACUUGACAUUGAUGCCACUUGCGAGUCCUUGGGCUGCGGCGUGCUGCAAGUGGUUGCUCCGCAGCAAUGGACGAUGACGACUGGGACGUCGACUUCGACGUGGAUGCGGUCGUUGAACAGCACCGGCAGCGAGAAGCGGCACUCGCGUCGGCAGGACACAGUGCCUCAGCGCUUCCGGCUUCUGCCACUGCAUCUGGGCCUGUUUACCCGGCCGCGGCCCAGUGGGCACCCCAGCCACAGGGAGCAGGACCGGCAGCUCCCGCGGUCCAUGGCGCUGCAGCGGCGAGCACGGGUGCAGGCGGCUGGCGGGCACCUCCACAGCAAGUGCAGCCGCACGGGGCACCGCCACAGCCGCAGAAUGCAUGGUCUGGUCAGGCCCCGCCUCCGCAGCAGCAGCCAAACGCCUAUGGACGCACCGCUCCCCCACUCCAAUUUGUCGCAGCACAGCGGCAAUCGCAGCAGGCUCCAACGUAUCAGGGGCAUGGUCAGAACCAGAGCCAAACUGCUGGAUGGUCCCAAAAGCCGGUAGGAAACCAGUCCUACCUCAACCCUGCAGGACCCGGACCAGCGCAACAGUACCAGCAGCCAACCCAACAACACUGGCAGCAGCCCCAGCCCCCGCAGCAGCAACAACUCCAUCCGCACCGCCAGCAUCAGCCGAAUCCGCAAUACCAGCAGCAGACACCGCCACAACAGCAUCAGCAGCGUUGGGUUCCACCAGGACAGCAACCGCACGCAGCAGCUACGGCUACAGCUGCCGCCCACAACCCCGGGGCCCAGAGCGGGGUGGGCUGGCAGUCCAAGCCCAACCAACCACCCUCCGGACCCGGGGGCAUGCCUUUUCAAGCCCCAACAGGAGGCCCAGGGUCCGCAGUAGGUGGCACAGCGGCUGGCGGCAGCGUUGUUGGCAGCGGCGGUCCUGCUACUACUACUCAACAGGGUCAGCAGCAGCCGGGCUGCGCAUCGCUCCAACAAUCCCGCGACAAGUGGGCCAAGCCGCGGCCCCACCGCCCUGGUCUGGACGCCCCGCGGCAAGGCAGCAUGGCCGGCGCAGGCGCCGCCUCUGCCCCCGCAUGGUCAGGCCCCGGCGGCGGGACGAGGGCGCCGACGACCCACGGCGCGACGGUGGGUCCUGCACCCGGCAGCUUGCCCGGGGGUUCAACUGCUGGUGGCAUUCUGUCAGCCAGCAAUGCGGGGCAGCAGGCAGGGAGCGCUGCAACAGCUUGGGCACCCCAACCCAACCCGCAUGCAGGCAGUAACGCAAUGCCAUCAGCUGCAGCGACUCAGCAGCAGCAGCCGGCGGUGGGGCCUACACCUGCGUCCUCCACGUAUGGAGGGGGCCAAACGUGUGACUGGCAGGAGCAGCAGCGUCCUGCGGGUCCCCAACAGGGCUGGCAGCCUCCAGGGCAAACGCAGCAGCAGGGGUGGCGACCCACAUCGCAAGCGUGUGGCGGAACGGUGCUGGACCGGUCUGCCAGCGGACCGCAGCACCAGCAGCAGCAGGAGUGGCAUGCGCACCCACCGGCGGCGGCAGGAAACCAAGCAGGGCAACAACGCUGGCAACCCCCGGACAAGCAGCAACAGCAGCAGCAUGGGCAGCAACUGGUACCCGGGUCACUGCCACCACCGCAGCAGCAGCAGCAGCGGCCCUACCAGCAUGGCCCAUACCAAGCGCACGCGCACAGCCCCCAGCAGCAACAACCUACACAUCAGCAUUCACAUCAGCCGCAGCAGCAGCAGCAGACGUUAUCCCCUCCCCGGCAACCCGGUGGCCAUACAGGGGACAUAGAUCCGCAAGGUUUCGGGCUCCGAAACCAGCCACAUGUGGCUCCCAUCAGCAGCGGCUGGCGGGCUCCUAGCGGCGAGCCGCCCUCUGGUGACGGUCCAUACGGCCAGCCCUUGCCUCCCGAGCAACAACAAAACCCCGCAACAGCUUAUGGCCAAGCCGCCCAGCAAGGCUGGGUGCGGCCUGCCGCCCCUCCCGAGUCCUCAUGUGUGGGUGUCCGGCCGCCCGUUCAGCCCGCGCAACCGCCGCAGUCCGGACAGACCGGGUGGGUCGGCCCGGCUGCUGGGUCCGAUGCUCCGGCCUACGGUUUCCGCAGCGACGUGAGCAACGGCCCCUCCGGCGGGGCUCAGAGGCCCGAGGACACGGCUGACGCCACCACAAGGUACGGCAUCAACGGACCGCAGCGACAGCCUGAGGCUGAGGGAGCAGGGGCGCUGCAGAGCGACCCCGCCGCUGGCGCCCUGCUGGAUGUGCCCCUGCAGCAGCGCAAGCAGCAGCGCCGCAGCCAACCCCCACAGCCGGCCUCCGAGCUCCAGCCCCCUGCCGCUCAGCACCCCAAGCAACAGCAAUCCCUGG